CCACAGCAAAAUAAAAUUUCUUCUAUCCCUCUGGUCAAAGGGACUCCGAUCACCGGAUAGAUGUUUCCGGUGGCCGGAGAUUUCGUCUCCUCAAAUCCUUGAACUUCGUGCUGCUCAUCACCGAAAUCAGAGUGAUUAUCCUGCAAUUUCAGUAUUCUAAUGGAUUCUGAGGACGAUGAGGUCUCUACGUCUGAGAGGACGACGAAGAGGGGUUAUCUAGCUGUAACUAUGCGAUGGUGUGCCGUGCUUUUGAUUCCAGUAGUUUCAUUCUUUCUUGUGACUGUAUCUUUGAGUUUAGUUGCUGUUUUUGUCGCCAAUUCGUCAAUUACUAGUCCAAUUUCUUUGCGUUCUCAGUGCAAGAUUGUUUCCAGCAGUGUGGACCUUAGGUCAUCCAAGGUUUGUGAACUUGGACUACUGAAUUAUAAAGCCAAGAAUGUUUUCUACCCAUAUGAAAGAAAUAAGUUUAGAUGCCGAUAUGAUUACUAUUGGGCUUCAGUGUUCAAGGUAGAAAUGAAGGAUCGUUUUUCUGGCAAGGCUCGGGUGGCUUUGGCAGAGGCUCCAAAUGAGGCCCUUCCUCAUAAAUGCAGGCCUAAUUUUGGUGCUGCAUGGUUGGCUAAAGAUAAAUUCAAGGUGAAUGAAACAUAUGGCUGCUGGUACUCAUCUGACAUUUCCACAGUGAGCUUAGACUAUGAUGGCUUUUCCAGCUGUCAAGCUCAAGAACCUACAAAAGUUGAGAUGAUUAAAAGAUACUAUUUCCUGUGCACGAAACUAUUGCUAUCUUGGUAUUCCAGCAAGGAAAGAACUAUAUUUUGGAGGUGGGAUAUGUUGGCUGGACUUAUGACGGGUUUCUCGACUUCGUUGAUCACCAUUACUGUCUUAAGGGUCCUACAACCACUGGUACCUUGGAUGCUUAGGUACUUCACAACAAGGUUUUUUAUCCACCUGAAUCGUGCUUGUUUUCUGGUAGCAUACUUCUCCUUUGUAGGUUGGUUAAUUAUCCAGUAUGGAAAAAGGCUUAGCCUUCCUGAGAUUUUCAAUAUUCUAAAAAGUAGGCUAUGGUCCUCAGAUUGAUCAAAUGAAAGUUUGGAUCAUUGAGUUUCCACAUUUGAAACAAUAGAAAGUAAAUGUAGCCUUUUUUUUGCAGUGGAUCGGUACCAGAUAACUGGUUUGUUAGAAUCUAUUAAAUUUGGCUGUUUGUAGAAAUAUGUAUGAUGAUAUUAAUGAGAUAACGCUGUAACUUCUUAUAUGUGAAAAUUUGACACGAGAAGAAGUGGAUUUACAUAUGAUUACAGAAGCUGUUCUCAA